AAACGCGCUGAUGGGUGGGUCAGGACGACUCUCCUGCUACUCAGGCCGUGUAACUUCAAAAAAUACCGGUAGAGACUGCAAAAUGUGUGUAAAUUGUACGUCUACCGUAUUAAUAAUGUGCGUAUGUUGAACUGUUUGUCUGGCAGGAAUAUGACAGAGGUAAAGUCUUAAUUAACCUAAAAUAACGUGCGCUUGCCAGUCGAUACUGGACUCGGGUCAACACUGAACUUGCAUUGAAAACAACGGCAGGCGAUGAUAGUGUUACUGGUGCUGGCUGCCUGUGUUUGCACGGGCCUCUCAUAUGACACUUAUGAUGAGGUUUUGUAUGGAUACACAUACAGGAUGAGGCUGCAUAGAAAGGCUGUGUCCAUCAAGUUCAUCCAAAGCUACAGCUCAGAUGCGACGAUCUUGUGGAAACGUGACGACCCUCCAGCCAGUGAGGACAGUAGGCGGAGGGUGGUGGGUGCCUACUAUGUCAUAGACAAUGUAACCCAGAGAGACAGUGGCAACUACAUAAUGAGUGAUAAAGAUGGGAAAGUGCUGUCUAAAAAGAACAUUGAGGUUAAAGCAAGAACAUGGUCCUAUGCACUGAAACCUGGUCAACGAUUCAACCACACUUUUAAUCUGGAGCCAGACUCUUGCAACAUUUACUUCCUCCCAGAGAGUGACCAUGAAUGGAGAAAGUCUGAGAUUGAGAUAGUUCAUAAAGGCAGGCUGCGGGACGAUUUGUAUGAAUUAGAUUGUGCAGGGUUUGAUUUGUUAGAGCCAUGUGGGAUUUUAAAUAAGUAUCUCCAAAUGUCAUGCAGAGGAAUGUUUGAAGUCAGAGAUCAGAAUAAUGACAAGGCCUGGGAGAUAACACUGGAAAUGGAGACCCUACCUUUUGAUCCAUCUCACCUUUAUACUGGCAUCAUUGUUGCUGUCGGCGUACUUUCCUGCUGUUGUUGCAUGAUGUGUUGCUGCUGCAAGAAGAGGUCCUCCAAAAAGGACAGCCCUGAGACUCCCGCUGAACCUGCCAUGUAUUACCACAAGUACAACAAAGAGCCUGCUGUGCUGAACUCAGACGGACACAGUGAGCCCUCUGGGACACACUACUCCGCUCAGCCUUCUUACGCUCUGACUGGUCCACUGAUACACAAUCCUCCUACUGUGAAUGUGCCAUCUGCUUAUUCUAAGGUUUCAGCUCCAGCAGAGCCGGCAGACGCUCCAACUGUCCCUCUCUGCCCUGACCCUGAGCCACUGUUUGAACUGAAGGGAAUUAACUUUUCCUCUGCUCUCCCACUGAAUUCAGACUCAGGUCACUGUGAUGUUUAUACCUCAGACAAACUCAACUUCCUCUGAAAGCUUUGAAAGGUACACUCACACUUGUAAACUCACUCAAUAGCGUGACUUUAAAGAAAUAGUUUAAUAUUUUGGGAAAUAUGCUCAUCAUCCAGUGGCCUCAGCUGCUUGCCUUUAUCAACUGAUGAGAAACAGCUGGGCACAUAACCCCCCAUAAAACGCUGAAUUAUCAUCUUCACACUUUUGUUUGGGAUUAAACAACCAAUAUAUAAGAUGUUAAUUAGUGAGCAUAUUCAGUUACCUCUACACAAAGCUAAAAUACCAGUUUCUGUAGUUGACGCUAAGCUAACUAGCUGCCAGCUGUAGCUUCAUUUUUAAGAUA